CAUUGUAGGCCCCGGAAGCAGCCAUGCCAAUUGCCAAGCCUUAAGUUAACCGAUUGACCUUAUCUCUCGAACUCCAACCAUGUUUUAUGGCUUCACUUGACCAACCCCCCAACGCCACACUUCAACAGCAGCAGUAUCUUUGCCAAUCAGAAACCUCGAACAAACAACAAACACAACACAACACCAAUCCUAGAAAAUCCCAAAAAGAAAAUCCUGUACAGUUUACACCACCAUCUUUUCCAAAGAAUCUUUUUGUGCCUUUCGUUACUCUUUUCCUGCCCAAUGCCAAACUACAUCCUGGGCGUGGAUUUUAUCUUUGUUCAUUGACCAAGGAAAUCAGCAAAUACUAACAAAAAGUUGAUAAAAUGGACUCAAAAAGGCUUCUUGGUGUCCCUGUUUCAGCUACAGAAUCAGCUCCUCCAAUGCUACCUUCUUGCGCCUCAACAGGUAUUAGAGCUCCCCUUACUCUGGAUGAUUCUGACGUUGAAUAUGGUCAAAAAGACAGUGGGCUUAGUAGUUAUGGCAGUGAUAGCGGCGUUGAUUCUGAUGGGUUUUUGAGUGGUGAAGAAGGGAUUCAAACUGCUUCUGAGAGGGCUUUUGUGGCUGAAACUAAUGAUGAAAUUCACGAAGAAACUCGCUUUCUCAAACAAUAUGUUGUUUCUAGGCCUCUCGUGAAAUGCCCACCUAAAGAGAUUAAUGAUGAAAGUAGUUCAGAUAGAGAAUUUGAUGAUUCUAGGCCUGUCUUGCCUUGCACAGAUGAAGAAAUUGUAGGAAAUGAUGUUGCUGGUGAAUAUAGCGGUUCAAGGCCAAUUUUAGCUGAUAAAUGUGUAGAAGAUGUGGGGGCAUCCACAGUGGAGCAUGAAACUGCUCCUGGGAAUCACUUACCGCUUGUUGAUAUUCAAAUUCCAUUGCUGCAAAAGCAAGGGAUGCCAAUUGCCAAGCUGUCUGGGUUCAGUGAUGAUGAUUCUCUGGGAAGUGAGAGUGUAGAGGAGGAAACAUUUUUAGGUGUUGCGAGAGUUCCCAGUUCCGGGGUUCUGGAGAGAUUAGUUAGUGCCCCUAAAGUCAGGAUCUUCGAGGUAGGAGAAGGAGAUGGGUAUGCCUCAGUAUCUGACUAUGGCUCCGAAGCUGAGGUUGGUGAGGACUCCGUUUUGGUUGGAGGUGACAACGGGGAAGAAAAGCAGAUUUCUAAUCAUCUCAUGUCUGCAGAUGUGAUUGAAGACAAGGGUCCUGAAAUUGCUGAAGAAGCAGGAGGUGCCGAGUUAGAUGAACACCUUCAAGAUUUCCAUGGAGAUAAUGGGGAAAUGAAUUUUGAAAUAGGCGCUAAUGCAAACAAUCCUGACCCGACUACUGUUGUCAACUCAAAUAUCCUUGAAAUUAAUGCUGUGGAGCUCACAGGAGCUAAGUCCACAGAAGGAGAAGCCAAAGACGAAUUUGAAGCUGCAUCCAUGUAUCGUGGGAAAUGUGCAAAUAAUGAUGGAAAUGGGUCCAUUGUUCGCAGUCAGCCUAAUGAGGGUGAGAAGUCGGUUUGUAAAAUUGAGCACAAGAUUGAUGAAAAAUCGAAGUCUCAUUGUUUUGAUGAUCCCCACAAUGUUGAAUCUCUAGAUAAUGCUACGAGUGAAGAGGAAGUACAGAUGAUGAACUAUGUCAAGCUUUCAGACGAACAUGUUGCUCAGAAUCUUGAGGGCUAUACGAAUGGCGAUUUGGAUGUGUAUCAAAGACUUGUCAUGAAAGAUUCAUUAUGUAGUGGAUCCCCCAUCCCGCAAGCUAUAUCAAAAUGCACCAAAUUGGGACCAGAAGGAACUCGUGAAGAGGAAGACGAUGCAGUUUUAGUGGAAGAGGAUGAAUAUUUGGUUGGUCAUGAUGUUACCGAGGAGUUGGAUUUUGAAGGUUCAAAUGGAGUGGAUACUAUAGAUCAACUUGAGCAGUCUACUGCCCCUAGUCUACUUUCUCAUGGAGAGAGUUCUCAUAGUCAUUUGCAGGCACAGGUUGUUAGAGAUCUGGGUGAUGAGGCGGAUGUGCAUAGGCAGAGUGAAUGGGAAGAUAUGGUUGAUCCUUUUUCACUUGCAGCAGUACUGAGGGCUGCCACAGGGGUUAAAUCUGAAAGCAGCAGCGUUAUGCUUACUUCUGUUGAUGGCAAAAGUCUGUUUCGUCUGGAGCAACCUGUUGGUUCAGACUCUAGGUUCCUUGGUUUGAGACCUACUGCUCAACUAAGUCCUACUCUUUUUACUCCAGGGCGGAUGGACAAUGGUGAAUCAGUAGAAAAUUUAAGUCGAGGAGAAAAAAGGAAGAUUGACAGAUUGCAUGAAAUUAGGGUGAAAUUUUUGCGGCUUCUCCAUAGGUUAAAUAGGUCUACUGAGGAUCCUGUUGCUGUAAAGGUUUUAUACCAACUAGAGCUUGCUGCUGGAAGGCCGUCUGUUCUAGCAUUCCAUUUUGAUUUUGCUAAGCAGGAUGCAAUUCGGCUUGAAGCAGAGGGUAAGAAAGACUUGAACUUCUCUUUGAAUAUCCUAGUUAUUGGGAAAAGUGGAGUUGGCAAGAGUGCAACCAUAAACUCUAUUUUUGGUGAAGAGAAAGCAACAACAAAUGCAUUUGAACCCGCCACAACUAGUGUGAACGAGAUUACGGGAACAGUAAAUGGCACUGAAGUUCGUGUAUUGGACACCCCUGGUUUUAGAUCUUCUCUCGGGGAUCAAUCUUUUAAUCGGAGGAUUCUGUCCUCUAUAAAAAGGUUCACAAAGAAAGUUCCUCCGGAUGUUGUUCUCUACGUUGAUCGUAUAGACACCCAAACCGGAGAUCUUGGUGAUUUGCCAUUGCUUAAGUUAGUCACCGGUUAUCUUGGUUCAUCAAUAUGGUAUAAAACCAUUGUGAUUUUGACGCAUGCCGCUUCAGUUCCUCCAGAAGGGCCGUCUGGGGACCCCUUGAGCUAUGAUAUAUAUGUUUCCGGAAGAUCACGUUUUGUUCUGCAGUUGAUUAGCCACUCUGUUGGUAAUUUGCAUACCAUGAAACCCGGUCUUAUCCCAGUUGCUCUCGUAGAGAACUGCUCUAUGUGUGAAAUGAACAAAAAUGAGCAGACUUUCCUAACCAAUGGAGACAGUUGGAGAUCCGAACUACUGCUGUUGUGUUACUCUAUGAAGAUCUUAUUGGAGAUAGAUUCUGAAGUCAAAACUGAUGAAGUCACAGAUUAUCAGAAGUUGUUUGGCUUCAGAGUUCCAUCUCCAUCUCUGCACUAUUUCUUGUCUUCUCUCUUACAAUCCAAUUCUCAUCCAAAGCUUUCUUCUAUUGAAGGCGGUGAGAAUUUUGACUCCGAUGUUGAAUUGGCAUUUUCAUCUCAUUGCGAUCAACAGAGUGAGAACGAGCGUGACCAACUGCCACCAUUCAGGCCACUGACAAAAUCUGAGAUUGCCAAGUUAAACAAGGAACAAAGAGACGCAUAUGCUGAAGAGUAUGAUUAUCGCAUAAAGCUACUUCAAAAGAAGCAGUGGAAUGGAAAGGUUAGAAGGUUUCAAGAUGCAAAGAAGAAACAAAAAGACAUGGAUGAGUAUCAGGAUCCAGACAUGGAUUGCCAAGAAGCUGUAGCAGUUCCCGUGCCUGAAAUGGUACUUCCACUUUCUUUCGAUGGAGACUAUCCUGCCUAUAGAUACCGACUUUUAGAAUCCUCAUCGCGGUGUAUAACAAGGCCUGUUCUGGACUUGCAUGGUUGGGACCACGACUGUGGAUAUGAUGGUGUCAGUAUUGAAGACAAUCUUGGCAUUGCAGGUCGUUUUCCGGCAGUCAUUGAUGUUCAACUGACAAAAGACAAGGAAGUGUUCAACAUCCGCUUAAAUUCUUGCGUUGCAGCCAAGCAUGGGGACAAAGGAUCAACAAUGGCAGGAUUUGAUAUUGAGACAGUUGGAGAGCAACUUGCUUAUACCCUGAAGGCUGAUGCCAAACUAAGUAAUUUCGGAGUAAAUAGAACUGCAGCAGGGGUAUCCAUUACAUGCAUAGGAGAAAAUCUGAUUGCUGGAUUCAAGGUGGAGGAUGAGAUUGCACUUGGAAAAGAUUUGGUUUUGGUGGGAAGUACUGGGCUAGUUAAGUGUGAAACUGAUGCAGCAUAUGGAGCCAACUUGGGAAUUCGGCUUAGGGAAAAGGAUUAUCCAGUUGGUCAGGACCAAAGUACACUUGGCCUGUCUCUUACGAAGUGGAGAGGAGACCUCGUAUGGGGAUUGAACCUGCAGUCCCAGCUAUCUGUGGGACGAAAUUCCAAUAUGACUGUUCGAGCCGGAUUCAACAGUAACAAAAGAGGGCAGGUUUCUACUCGGAUAAGCAGUUCUGAUCAACCUCUAAUUGCUACAUUGGGUCUUCUUCCUAUUGCCAAUACCAUAUGGAAAAAUCUUUUCACACUAGUUGGUCGAAGAUAGGGAAUACACCACAUGUGGUUUCCUUUGCAGCACAGCCCAGUUUUUCUGCUGCCAUUUUGUUUAACUUACAGCAUUUCCAAACUUUUGUGUAAUAUUGUGAACUCUUUGGCCCUAUUUAUGCAGAUGACCGUAGAACAUCUUUCCAGAUUCAA